AUGGCAGAUUCCAACCUGAUUCAGCACCUGGUUCAACGCUACGGGACGCGAGAAGAUCUGACCAGACGGGGAAUUUGGCGUGGAGACCUUUACAACGCCGAAGAGUCGCGAUUUCUGGAUCGCGGGUGGUGCUGGAAGACAUUACUGUUAAGAGGAGAAGAUGAGCUUUUAGUCACAGAACUGGCGCCAGUGCCCGAAAAAGCUGCAAUAGAGGAGGCUCAGUUGCACCCUGAUAGGACACAAUCUCGGCUCAGAAACUUGACGCCCGAACGGGCACGCACGCACCCGUUAAUGCAUGGUGAAGAUGAGGCCAACUUAGGAAACCAGGACGCCGAAGACCGUUUGAAAGAAAAGAUUUCGGUGCAAGAAACACUGCAGAUCGUGAGGCUAGACAUUUCGCGGCUUCUACUGCAUCCAAUGUUCGAAUCUACCGAAUGCAAGGCCGAAAUGGUUCAGAUUCUAUACAACUAUGUGAUGCACAACCAAAUUAGCUACAAACAGGGCUACCACGAGCUCUGCGGCGCCGUGUAUAUGCAGAUGGCGAAUGAAAGCUGCGAGACUCGCAAACUUAACACACUGAACAUCUUCAACAAGCUAAUGGAACGGGCGCGACCAGUAUUUUACGAAGAAGCAGCUCUUCUGGAUUUCGCGCACUUCAAAUUUGAUCGCAUCUUGAAGCUGACCAUGCCAAAGCUUCACCACUUGCUAACAAAGCACCAUGGUUUGGAUAAUGCGGUUUGGCUUAUCCGGUGGACCCGACUUUUAUUUUUAAGGGAAUUUGACCUAAACUAUGUGCUGAAGGUGUGGGAUCAUCUACUCACGUUUGUGAUCCCAUUGGAAGACCUAGUUGCAUGCUGUAUUGUGGUGCUGUUAAUAGCCAUUGCGCGAGACCUUUACUCGUGUGAGGACCAGGGCGAAGUGAUCAGUAUUUUACUACAUUACCCAAGUGACAAGCUGAUAGACUGCGUAGAGCUCAUGAACAAAAGCGCUGGUCUUUAUGAACUCUACGUGACCAAGCAAUACGCAGAUAUGAAGGGUUUGGGCGAAAACCUGUGCAAAGUGCACAAUCGUCAAUGGUACGACAAGCAAACGCAGGUUGCAGAUCAAAACCGGCUGAGGUUGGAAGAAAGGUUGAAACGCAGAAUCGGACAGCGCUUAAGAAAGUAG